UAGGUUAGCUUUAUGACGUAGCAGGAAGGGAUUUCCUCAAACAUGGAAACGGCGCCGGCAGAACCGACAGAUAUUUCAGAUGAAUUAAGAAGUGAAUGGGAGGGGGAACAAGAUAAGCUGAAGACCAAGCUGGUCCUAGAGAACUGUGAACCAUGGCAGAGUAAACUAGAGGAAGGUCUGCAGUAUGUUGGGGGUGUAGACCUGUCAUUUGUGAAAGGAGAUGAUGUAAAUGCAUGCUCCUCUCUUGUGGUGACAUCUUAUCCAGAUUUAAAGGUUGUAUAUGAAGAUUGUUGUCACAUACAGCUGACAGCACCCUACAUUCCUGGUUUCCUAGCUUUCCGUGAGGUGCCUUUCCUAGUGGAAAGCUUUGAGAGACUUAAGAAGAAAAAUCCGGAACUUAUGCCUCAGGUUGUUUUAGUUGAUGGUAAUGGCAUCCUUCAUCCAAAAGAGUUUGGACUUGCUUGUCACCUGGGUAUCAUAUUGGACAUACCCACAGUGGGUGUGGCCAAGAAACUCUUUCAGGUGGAUGGCCUGGAAAAGAAUGCAGAACAUGCUGACAAGGUGAAGCAACUGGCAAAAGGAGGUGAUACAUUCCCACUCAUUGGUGCUUCUGGCAGGAUUUUAGGAAAGGCUCUUCGAAGUUCUGACAACACAGAAAACCCUGUAUAUGUCUCAAUUGGUCACAAAAUUUCUCUGGAAACUGCGGUAUGUCUUGUUCAUCAGUGCUGCAAGUAUAGGAUACCUGAACCAAUAAGACAGGCAGACAUCAAAUCUAGAGAAUACUUGCGUCGGCUGUUUCCAGAACAAAAUAGCCAAGAUGAAAAAACAUAAGAGAUAGC